AUGUAUAUGGAUUUGAGGGGAAGUGUCUUCGAGUCUUAUCCAAGAGUGGCGUUCACAUUGGCUGCUUUGCUUUGUGGAUGCUUUGCAGCAACGAUUUAUGCAAUUUCCAUCAAUUUUAUUUAUCGAUUUUUUGCACUAGAAAGAAAAGGCCGUCUCCGCUUCUUCUCAAAUUAUCGACUCAUAUUUUGGGGCUGUAUCCCGAUUACUGUGGCAUUCAUGUUCAUUUUGAAUAAUUGGUACUUUUUUUAUCCCAAUCAAGAAGUCACCGAGUAUUCAAGAAACAACUUGAAAAAACUUUUCGAUUUGGAUGCGGAUAGAAUGACCUAUGUCUCUUGCGUGUACUGGAGAACUGACUCAAGUGGAAACCUGUAUUUAAGUGUGAGAGACUUGAUAGGUUCCCUUGAUUUGAAUGGAUUAAUUACAAUUGCACUUCUCAUCAUAAUUUAUUUCGGAACAAAAAGCUAUUGGAAAAUUAAGGAAUUGAUAUCUCAAGGGCAGAGUGAGUAUUCGAAGAGACUUCAAAUGCAACUCUACAAAGCACUGGUUGCUCAGACUCUAAUCCCUAUGGUAUUCCUCUUCAUACCCGUUGGAUCCCUAAUCUACUGUCCACUAAUUGGUAUCAACGUGGAAUGGAAUAGCCUCCUCGUCACGUUUCUUUACUCCUUCUACCCCGCAGUUGACCCAAUUCCCAUUAUAAUUCUUGUCGAUGACUAUCGAAACGCAUUUUGCAGUGAGUAUACUCUGAUUCACUUUGUAACUUUUUAUAGCAUGCCGGAAUCGAAGACUGCUGUCGUUCGUGUUAUCGGGUUUGCUAACCCGCUCCGGCAGUUCCAAUACUCGAUGCAUUGGGGAAUUGACCAUAUCAAUAAUUACAAAACCGCAAUAUCCGGAUAUGAAGACGUUCAUCAUGUUGAACUGCACGCAGCACGUCAGGCUGUUAAGAUGGCCAAAAAGCAGAAGCUUACCAGAAUUAUCAUUCGAACCGGAUCUCGUUUCGUAUGGGACCUGAUCAAAAACUCGGCAAAUUUUGCGAACGCUCCACCAGAAGUUCUCCAUUUAGUUCAAGCAAUUCAUGAUAACAGAAAACACAUUCUUAUCAAAGUUGAACUGGUCGAUGGCCACCCGGAAAACGAAACUGUCGGAGGAGAAAUGAAUAAAGAAAACAUUUGA